CCCCAAAACUGACCCGGGACCCCCCCAAAACUGAACCGGGACCCCCAAAACUGAACCGGGACCCCCCAAAAUGGACCCAGGACCCCCAAAACUGAACCGGGACCCCCCCCCACUGACCAGGACCCCCCCCAAAACCGACCCAGGACCCCCCACCCACUGACCGGGACCCCCCCCACUGACCAGGACCCCCAGAACCCCCCCCUCCCCCACUGACUGGGACCCCCCCCAGAACCCCCAAAACCCCUCCAAAUUGACUGGGACCCCCCCAAAACUAACCCAGGACCCCCCAAACUGACUGGAAAACCCCUCCCAGACCCCCCCAAACUGACCCAGGAUCCCCCCAGGACCCCCCCCCACCUCCCCCCUCCCCAUUUUCCACUGAAAUUCCCGGCUGGAAGCGAAUCCCCGUCCCCUUGGUGACCCCAGCCCCAUUUCCCCGGCCCCUGACCCCGUUUCCCUCUGGUUUUCCUCCAGUUUUCCCAUUUUCCCCCAUUUUUUCCUCAUUUUCCCUCAUUUUUCCCCAUUUUCCCCCCAUUUGCCCCAAUUUUCCCUCAAUUUUUCCCCAUUUUCCCCCAAUAUUUCCCCUUUUCCCAAUUUCCCCCCAUUUCCCUCCACUUCCCCCUUUUUUUCCCAAUUUCCUUCCGUUUUUCCUCAUCUCCCCUAAUUUCCUCCUUUUCCCUCAAUUUCUCCCCAUUUUUCCCCAUUUCCCCCCAAUUCUCCCUCUCCCCCGAGCCAGGGUCGGGUCCUUGUUGUCCCCUGGGGGUUUUGGGGUCCCCCUUGGGAAUUUUGGGGGAAAUUCCCCAAUUUUGAUGCCCCCACCCCCCCGGAUUUGGGUCCUGCCCGUGGGAAUUUCAGAAUUUUCCCAGGAAUUUGGGAAUUUCUGGGUCCCCUCUGUGGAAUUUCGGGGUUCCCCUGGAAUUUUGGGAAUUCUGCCCCCCCCCCCCCCAUUAACAGUAUUAACCCCAAACUCCGCCCCCCCCGGUCCCAAACUGGUCUGUACUGGUUUGUACUGGUGGGGGUCGCAGUUUCUCGCUGACUUUUGCCCAAUUCCGGGCGCUUUUGGCCCAAAUCCCACCGCGGUUCCGGGCCGGCCGCGCCCCCAGUGCCUCUGGAACCCCAAAUUCUCAGGGAAAAAACCAAAACUCCAAAACCCCGCGGCCGGAAUCGACGGAAACGGCGCCUUUUGCACCCAAACGGGGGCUGGGGUGGGGGAGUUUUGGGGCAAAAAGGAGCCAAAUUGGGAUUUUCAGCUUUGAGGCAGAUUUUUUUUCUUUUUUCUUUUCAUUUUUUUGGGUGAUUUUAGCCCCAGCUUGAGUGGCUUGAUGAGGAAUUUGGCAAUAACGAAGCGGCGCCGCUUUGGGGACUUGAUUUGAACCCUUCCGUGUUGGUUUUUUUUUAACCCAUUUUGAGCCAAAAUCAUCAUUUCUUUUGGGUCUGUUUGAGGUUUUUUUUUUUUGGGUGGAUUCCUUCAAAAUCGCCUCAUUUUGGGGUGAAGCCACGGGGAGGGAGAGGGAUGGUUUCUGGGGGGGCGCUGGACCCCCAAAAUCGCUCCUUUUCCCCCCGAAGCGGUGGCGGAAUUAUUUAAUUUGUAAAUAAUGUACAAAUUUUUACCAGCUCCGGUGUAAAUACAAAAUAAAAAUUGCAGUAAAGCUCGGCUCCUCCCGCCCGCCAGGGGCGCUCGGCGCCGCCCGCGUCUCUAUGAUCCUCCCUCAGAGUCUCUGUGGUGGCUCAACCGUAGAGACACGCGCUUGUACUGGUUUGUAAUGGUUUUGCACCCGCCAAAGCCUCUGCGGUUGGUGCGGCGCUCCCGGUACUGGUUUAUACUGGUUUUUACUGGUUUAUACUGGUGUUUUCCCCGCUGGGCCGCUCCGGCUUCCCUUUCCUGUCUCUCCGGUUAUGGCGGCGGCAGCGGAAGCCGCUCUGGCCGCUCGGGCUCGUCUCUAUGGUUCCCCCUCCGCCGUUACUCCUCUAUGGCGGGGGCGCUCCGGGUCCUCCCGCCCGCCAGGGGGCGCCACCUCCCCGGGGCCGCUCGGUGCCGCCACAUCCGGGUCCCGUGCGGAGCGAUGGCGGCCGAGGGGCCCGAGGAGGGAGCCGGGGGCUCCGCGGGCACCGGGGAGGCGAUGGACGGGGACGGGGACGGCGCCCCCCCGGCCGAGCCCCCCCCUCCCGCUGCCCCCGAUCCCGGUUCUGAUCCCGGUUCUGAUCCCGAUCCCAGUUCCAAUCCCAAUCCCGAUCCCAAUCCCAAUCCCGAUCCGAAUCCCGAUCCCGGUUCUGAUCCCAAUCCCAAUCCUGAUCCCGAUCCCAGUUCCGAUCCCAAUCCCGAUCCCAGUUCCGAACCCGGUCCCGAUCCCGAUCCCGAUCCCGGUGCGGCCCCCCCGCCCCCGUCGGCCCCGAACGGGGCCCCUCCCCCGGCGGAGCCGCCCCCGGAGCAGCCGCCGCCGUUCCCGCCCGAGUUCCAGCGGCUCUGGGGGGCGGCCCAGGGCAGCCCCCACGACUUCGGAGCCUGGACCGAGCUGCUGGCGUACGUGGAGCAGGAGGAGCUGCUGGAGGCCGCCCGCCGCGCCUUUGACGCGUUUUUCCAGCGCUACCCGUACUGCUACGGCUACUGGCGCAAGUACGCCGAGCUGGAGCGGCGCCUGGGCAGCGCCCGCAGCGCCCAGCAGGGCGUUCGAGGCGGCGCUGGCAGCGGCAGGGAUGGAUUUCCGCUCCGACAAACUCUGGGAAUCCUACCUGGAGUGGGAGCGGGAGCGCGGCGACCUCCGGGCGGUCACGGCCAUCUACGACCGCCUGCUGUCCAUGCCCACGCAGCUCUACAGCCACCACUGGGAGAGGUUCAAGGCGCACGUCCUGCAGCACCCGCCCGGGGCCAUCCUCACCCCCGAGGAGCUGCUCUGGCUCCGCUCCAAGCUCGGCCCCGGCCCCGGCCCCGGCCCGGAGCCCCCGCAGGGCCCGGAGCGGCCGCCGGGGGAGGAGGAGCCGCGCGCCGGGGCCGGGCCCGAGCCGCAGGAGGAUCUGGACCAGGAGAAGAUCCGGGAGCUCGUGAUCUCCAUGCGGCAGCAAAUCCACGCCCAGAACGAGGCCGAAGUCAGCAAGCGCUGGAACUUCGAGGAUGGGAUCAAGCGCCCCUAUUUCCACGUGCGGCCGCUGGAGCGGGCGCAGCUGCGGAACUGGCGCGAGUACCUGGACUUCGAGGUGGCCGCGGGCUCGCAGGAGCGCAGCAUCGUCCUCUUCGAGCGCUGCCUCAUCGCCUGCGCGCUCUACGAGGAGUUCUGGGUCAAGUACACGCGGUACCUGGAGUCGCGCACGGUGCCGGGCGCCCGCAGCGUUUUCCAGCGCGCCUGCGGCUUCCACCUGCCCCGCAAGCCCAACAUCCACCUGCUCUGGGCCGCCUUCGAGGAGAAGCAAGGGAACGUGGAUGAGGCCCGGCGCAUCCUGCGCAGUUUCGAGGCCGCGGUGCCCGGCCUGGCCAUGGUGCGCCUGCGCCGCGUGUCCCUGGAGCGUGUGACCCCAAUAACCCCAAUAACCCCAUUUUCACCCAUUUUUACCCCAUUUUCACCCAUUUUUACCCAAUUUCCCCCGUUUUUACCCCAUUUUUCAGGCAAUGUGGAUGAGGCCCGGCGCAUCCUGCGCAGUUUCGAGGCCGCGGUGCCCGGCCUGGCCAUGGUGCGCCUGCGCCGGGUGUCCCAGGAGCGCGUCACCCCAAUAAAGCCAUUUUUACCCAAUUUCCCCUGUUUUUACCCCGUUUCCCAGGCAAUGUGGACGAGGCCCGGCGCAUCCUGCGCAGUUUCGAGGCCGCAGUGCCAGGCCUGGCCAUGGUGCGCCUGCGCCGGGUGUCCCUGGAGCGUGUGACCCCAAUAACCCCAAUAACCCCAUUUUCACCCAUUUUAACCCCAUUUUUACCCCAUUUUCACCCCAUUUCUCAGGCAAUGUG